AUGUCAACCCCAAAAACCUUCACUAUCGGGACUCGCAAGUCAAAACUUGCUCUGGUACAAACUAAUGAAGUUCAAAAAGCAUUACAACGAGCUUAUCCCGAUUUUGAAUUCCAAAUUUUGAGUAUGACAACUACUGGAGAUCAAAUUCUUAAUAAACCUUUAUAUCAAAUUGGUGAAAAGUCAUUAUUUACAAAGGAGCUUGAAGUCGCCUUAGAAAAUAAAACCGUUGAUUUAGUAGUUCAUAGUCUAAAAGACUUGCCUACUACUUUACCUAAAGGAAUGACAAUUGGCGCGAUAUUAAAAAGAGAGGACCCGAAUGAUGCUGUGAUUAUUAAAGAAGGCCUAACUACCAAAUCCUUAGAGGAAUUACCAAAAGGCAGCAUUGUUGGAACUAGUAGUGUUAGAAGAAUUUCUCAAUUGAAAAAUUCGUUUCCUGAUCUGAUUUUCCAGAAUAUUAGAGGUAAUCUGGACACUCGGCUUGCAAAAUUAGAUAAUCCGGAUGGGGAGUAUUCUGCUAUAAUAUUAGCUGUCGCAGGUCUUGUACGAUUAGGUCUGAAUCACCGAAUAUCACAAAUUCUUCCACCAACUAUUAUGCUAUAUGCUGUUGGACAAGGUGCAUUGGCUAUCGAGUGUCGGGAUGAUGAUAAAGAUAUCAUUGAGUUGCUUUCGGUGCUGGAAGAUGCGGACACAAAAUUGCGAUGCACAGCCGAACGGUCAUUAUUGAGAGCUUUAGAAGGUGGAUGUAGCGUUCCAAUUGGUGUUAACACGAGUUUUGUCGAGGAAAAAGAAGGUAAACGUAUGCUAAGGCUGGAAAGCUUAGUUGCUCAACUAGAUGGUUCGAAAAUUAUUCGUGCUGAAAUAACUAAAUAUGUUGAUGGAAUCGGCACGGCUAAUGAGUUAGGCAAGGAGGUCUCAAAAAUUCUGAUUGAACGAGGGGCAAGGAAUAUAAUCGAAGAAUUAAAACAUUGA